UUACCAAGUUUCUCUUACAUAGUUUCCUCUGACCCAUGCCAGGACCCUGCAGUCACAAGGAGAUCAGCAUGUAAAUGGUCAUGUGCUGCAGAGGCUACUGCUGAUAUAAAGGAUUAGAGGGAGCAGAGAGAUCUCUCCUGGCUGCAUCUAAAGGGAUUAACAAGGCAUGGGCUAUAAAACAAACUAGUUAGCUGAUUUCACUUAUUAGCCCUGCUUAUUUUCCAGCACAAAGAAGCACAGCCCAGUUCUGAAAAUAACAAACAGGAUACCACCAAGCAGGAGAAGGCAGGAACCCAAGGACCGCGGUCUCAAUCAGUCUCUCCUCUUCUGAUACUGUGGCUGCUCAAGACAGCAUUAUGUCUCUCUACAAAAAUUGCAGUCUUUACAUUGUGGUAAUUUUAUUCCUCCAUCAUUAUGAUCAAGUAUCUGCACAAUUUCCCAGACAAUGUGCCACUGCGCAGGCACUGCUAAGUGGGGAAUGUUGCCCAGGGCUUUUCCCUGGACAGUCCCCAGAUCCUAAUGACCAAUGUGGACUUUCUCUGGGUCGUGGUCAGUGUGGCCCAGUCACAGUGGACACUCGACCUCAUGGACCCCAGUACCGUCUUGAUGGACUGGAUGACAGAGAGCAAUGGCCCAUACGUUUCUUCAACAGGGCUUGUAGAUGCAAUGGAAGAUUCUAUGGUCACAACUGUGGCAGCUGUAAACCUGGGUGGACCGGGGACAACUGUGAUCAACCAGUUGCAGUUGUCAGGAGGAAUAUCUUAGAACUUCGUGAGGAGGAGAAGAGACGGUUUGUCAAUGCGUUGGACCUUGCUAAGAAUACUAUGCAUCCUGACUAUGUUAUAGCAACAAGGCGCUAUGCAGAAUUAAUAGAUCCAGUCCAGAAUACCACAAACUUUGAGAAUAUAUCUAUAUAUGACUUCUUUGUGUGGAACCAUUAUUAUUCCGUGAGCAAAACCUUUCUGGGCCCAGGUCAGGGGAGUGAGGGAGGAAUAGAUUUUUCACAUGAAGGUCCUGCUUUUCUUACUUGGCACAGAUACCAUUUAAUGCAGCUGGAAAGAGACAUGCAGGUAAUGCUUCGAGAUCCUUCUUUUGCUCUUCCUUACUGGAAUUUUGCCAUUGGCGGGAACCAAUGUGACAUCUGCACUGAUGACCUUUUGGGUGCUAGAAGCAACUUUGAUGCCAAUUUGCUUAGUACAAACUCUGUUUUUUCUCAAUGGCAAGUGGUUUGUGAAUAUGUGGAGGACUAUGAAUCCCUAGGAACUAUUUGCAAUAGUACACGUAAUAGUCCAAUUCGGCGUAAUCCUGCUGGAAAUGUUGCAAGACCUAUGGUACAAAGACUCCCUGAACCUCAAGAUGUGGCACUUUGCCUUGAAGUGAAUAUGUUUGACACCCCACCCUUCUUCUCAGAUUCUUCUGAAAGUUUUCGAAAUACCCUUGAAGGUUACAGUGAACCUAAUGGGCAGUACAAUCCAACAGUUCGAAGCCUUCAUAACUUGGCUCAUUUGUUUCUGAAUGGAACUGGAGGGCAGACCCACUUAUCUCCAAAUGACCCCAUCUUUGUCCUUUUGCAUACCUUUACUGAUGCAGUGUUUGAUGAAUGGAUAAGGAGACACAAUGCAGAUUCCUCUCAAUAUCCCCUGGAGAAUGCCCCUAUUGGACACAACAGACAAUACAACAUGGUUCCUUUCUGGCCUCCUGUAACAAAUAAUGAAAUGUUUUUAACCGCACCAGAAAACCUUGGAUAUUCAUAUGAAGUUCAGUGGCCAAGCCGUGCAUUGAGCACCACAGAGAUCAUUACAGUUGCAGUUGUAUCAGCUUUGGUACUGGUUGCAAUUAUUUUUGCUGCUGCUACCUGUAUAAUUAGUCGGCGAAGAAAGAAUGAUGCAUUUCAGCCCCUUCUUGGAGAAUCCUAUCCACGUUAUGCUGAAGAUAGGGAACAAAACACUCAGUCAGUGUGAAAAUAAGGUGAAAAAAAAAAUCUGUGCUUUUUCCUUGAAUUCAAGAUAUUUUUUUUGCCAUGAUAAUGUUGACAUUAUGACCUUCAUGACCUAAUGAUGAAAAUAAAUUGCAUUGUGUCUGUGUUGUGAUUUUUUUUUUUUUUGCCUUGAACAGGCCAGUUUAAGUAAGUCCAUCUUCAAAACUACACAAGUUCCAGCCUAAUGGCAGGUAACAAUUAGUAGUUCACUCAACAAAGUAGUGAUCUAAAUUAGCAGGCCAUAUGCUGGAACCUUUACUUGCCAUUACUGAAGUUCUAUUUAUAUAUUUCAAACCAAAAGAAAGCCAAAACAUUAUAUGGUUAAACAAUGUUACUGGCUAAAUUCCUACAUCAAUAAAAUAUUUUGGAAACUUAA